AUGUACCAGCUGCAGGUCCGUGUGGUCAGCGGCAACAAUCUGCCUGUGGGAGAUCUGAAUGGCUUUUCGGACCCCUAUGUCAAGCUCUUUUGGGGCGGUCAGACAGUCAAGACUUCAACCAAGAAGAAGACUUUGAACCCUUACUGGAAUGAGACCUUUACGUUGACCUCUUCGCUGGCCACCGAGCCGUUGAAGGUGUCGUGCUAUGAUUGGGACCGAUUCACCCGGGACGACGUCCUGGGCACCGGCGAAGUGCGCACCGACGAUCUAAUCAACAAAACCGAGAAAUCAGUCACCGUGCACCUCUCACCACGAGGCGAGAUCCAGCUACGGCUGACGGCGCUCAACUUCCCGGAGCACUACGGCAACACCGCUGGCACCACCACCUACACUACUACUUCUUAUGUUCCCAUGGGCGGCGGAGGCACUGUGGACGACAUGCUCAAGCAGCGGUUUUCGAUGGGCUACAACUCGGGCGCAGCACCCUACAUGUCCGGCCCGGCACCUUACGGCUCGGUGGGCCUCGGCGCUCCGCAGGGGCCGCCCUCCUACUACCCGCCACCACAGUCGCAGGCCCCGCCCGCCCGACCUACCCCACCUCCUACAUGCCCACCGGCGGCGGCGCGCCGUCAUCAUAUCUCCCCGGCGGCUACGGCGGACCACCCGCCGGCGGCUACGGCACGGUGGGGCGGCUACGGCACCGGUGCCCCUCCCCCCGCGGGCGGCUACGGCGGCGGAUAUGGCGGACCCCCUGGCGGCGGCUACGGGGCGCCGCCCGCCGGCUAUGGCGGACAACCCGGUGGCGGCUACGGCGGCCCUCCUCCGGCCGGCGGUGGAUAUGGCGGACCCCCUGGCGGCGGCUACGGCACCGGUGGUGCGCCGUACGGCGGCGCGCCGCCUCCGGGUGGCGGCUAUCCCCCGCAGCAGUACCCACCAACGGGGUGCGAGAUGUCAGUGUUCGAGUGGGUCGACGAAUCAGAGGCCGAGUCAGCCCUCUCCAACCUCAGCAUCAACAACACACAGUGGGUACUCUUCGGGUACGAGGGGGCCAAGAUCAAGCUCGUUGCCACCGGCGCCGGCAACCUCUUUGACGUCGCGCCUCUGCUGAGCGAUGCAGAGAUUCAGUACAUGGUGCUCACCAUCGAGGUGAAGGACCAGGGCGAGGCCGAGCUCUUCUCGACCUCCAAGACCAUCUUCAUCACGUGGGUGGGCACCGAGUGCAAGCCCAUGGCCAAGGCCAGGUCCUCGCAGCACCGCCUGCCCCUCUACAACUACGUCCUCAAACACUUGCAGCUGGGCGCAGAGCUGCAGGUGCUCGAGCCCGAGUACCUGACCGAGGCCAACAUUUUGGCCAAGCUGCGCGGCACCCACGUCGAGCACGACGCCACCCUGCCCGCCGCCUCGUCCAGCAGCAGCGGCGGCAGCGGCUCGCAGCCCUCCACGCCUGAGGCCGCGCGCCGCAGCUGUUCGUCGCCCCAGACCACCAACCGCCACGUCAUGAAGUCGAGCAGCCUCAGCGCCCAGCAGUACGCCACCUACAAGGGCGCGUCGGACGUGCUGACCGAGGUGGACUUUGCCGACCCCGAGGAGGCCCACGCCAGGCUGGAGGACGUGCGCCGGGACGGCACCGCCACCAACUGGCUCGUCUUUGGCCACGAGGGCUCCAAGAACACCCUCACUGUACUCGGCUCCGGCGGCGGCGGCUGGGAUGAGACCGUGGGGUUCUUUGUGGACGACGCGAUUGUGUACUGCGUGCUGGGCGUGGAGGUGGCGGAUGAGGCGGGAGGCAGCGAGUACAAGACGACCAAGUACGUCUUCAUCUCGUGGGUCGGCCCCAACGUGAAGCCACUCGCCAAGGCCCGCUCCUCCCAAGUUCGCGUCGCCCUCUACAAGCACACCAAGUUGUUCAUGCAGCUGGCGGGCGAGAUCCAGCUAUUGGACAGGGCCGACCUCUCGGAGACCACCAUCAAGCAGAAGCUCAACUCCAACUUCUAA